GCGCGCGCGCGCAAGUUCGUUUUGCGCGUGGGCGCGCUCGGCUCAGGCACAGCUACUUGAUCUCUCCACGCGCGCUGCCCGCCUGUGCAGCGAGCGCCAUGCAGCGGCUCCUUGGCACGCUCAUGUUUGUCAGCGUUCUGCUGCUCGCGGGCAUGAUCCUACUCGCACACGGCACGCUCGCAAAUGGCUCGCACGACGCUCAGCAGGAUGCGGUCGCACACCACCUGACCCGCAUCCAGUCGGCGCAGACGCGCAUCGAGAAAAAGCUCCACGAUGUGGAGGACCAACUGGCGGUUGCCACCUCCGCCGCUGCCACCUCCGCCGCUGCCACCUCCGCCGCUGCCACCUCCGCCGCUGCCGCCUCCGCCGCUGCCACCACUGCCGCCGCCGCCUCAAAGUCGGACGCUGACGAUUGCCCCGGCCGGGUUCCCUUCCACGGCCUGCUCACCUGCCAGGGCAGCGUCUAUCAGCAGUGGCAGGCGCGCAUCAUGUACUUUCACUGGAAGAAGCAGGCGGCCGCCGCGGGCCCGUGCGGCGACAUGGGCGGCUUCACGCGGCUGGUCGCCUCGGAGGGCGGCAAGCCGGACGGGCUCGAGGGUGAGAUCCCGUCCGUGUUCGUGCCCCAGCUCCCCGCGUCGGUCAUCGAGUCGCACUUCCACUUCGGGGUGCUCAACCGACCCGAGUCGGUCCGGCAGCUGCUCGCCUCCCCCGCCCUGCUGCGGCAGAUCACCUCCGACUUCGUCCUCGUCCUCGAGACGGACCACGUGCUGAUGCAGCCCAUACCCAACCUCGCCACCCGAACCACGCCCGCCGCCUUCACCUUCGGCUACAUGCACGCGCAUGCGAGCCAGGACUGGGUGAUCCAGCGCUACUGGCCGGAGGGCUCGUCCGCCUCCCUCGACCCGGUCGGCCCCUCGCCGCUGCUCAUCCACCUCGACCAGCUCCGCGCCAUCGCGCCGCGCUGGCUCAACUUUUCGCUCGGGCUGCGCUCGAACGCUGACGCGGAGCGGGUGAUGCAGGGCUGGGUGCAGGAGAUGUGGGGCUACUCGAUCGCCGCCGCCUCGCUCGGCGUCAAGCACCGGCUCGUGCGAAACUUCCAGGUCGAGUACGGCGCGAGCGCCGGCCGCAUCCCGCCCGAGUUCCCGACUCUCUCCUACAUCUUCCACUACACGUGCGGGAUCGAGUACACGCUGCAAGGCCGGCCGCAGGGCGUGAUGCAGAUCGGCGAGUGGUCGCUCGACAAGCGGCACUACGGCGCCGACCACCCGCCCCGCGGCCUGCAGCUGCCUCCCGACGGCGCCAACGCGGCCGCGUUUUGGCUCACGCGCGCGUGGAACGAGGCGAGCGCCGGGAUACCGGCCUGGCCCGACUCGCACUCGAUGGGCACCGUGGGGUGGCGGCGCAACAAGCCGACCGCCGAUGAGCUCGCCGCCUCGCCUCUCGCGCGGCGGGUGGAGGGUUCGCGCUGGAGCUGGAGUGGCGUGGCGGGCUUCGAGUUCGCGCGGGGCGGCGAGCUGGUCACGCCGUGGGGCAAGGGCGUGUGGGGGCUGGUGAGCAAGGCGGCGGGCGGCGCCGACGACCCGAGCAAGGAUGCGCAGGUCAAGGCGUGCGCCGACUGCCUCUUCGCCGAUUUCGCCAACGCCAACCACAACGUGCGCUUCUCCUGGGACGCCGACCCGCCAACCUUUCGGUCGGUCCGCGUGGGGGACCUCCAGGAGGUGGCCGGCAAAUGGCUAGGCGGGGGAGGGCCCGCGGCGUGAGGCUUUUGCGUGUGUGAGACUGUGACAGCAUGUGUGUGACAUUGCUCCUCUUCAACUUCAUCGUCGUCCGC